AUGGCCAGAGCCAGCGCAGUAAACCCAAUGGCGUUCGAUAGAAUCAAAGCUGCAACUCAUGGUGUGAAACCCGGAGAUGUGGGUUCUUUUCAACCGACUGAAGAACGAGUGAUUGUCCCUUUCAAGUCCGAUGCACGCCAGUUAACCCUUGGGCCAAAUUUCCCAUCGGCGCCGAAAAAUCUGAAAAAAUACAUUUCGUUGCUGAACCCAGAAUCGCCGUACUACAAGUAUGAGAAUCCCUUCAAGUUCGAGAAUUGGGAACGGCUGCGUGUCUGGCCGUGGUCAGACAAACCAAAAAUCCAGAAGGCCUUUGUCCAAUGGUACCACCAGUUGGAACCAGAGUACGCUGAUACUUGGAGGAUGGCUGGGAUCUAUGACCUGUUGAAGUUCUGCACCAUAGGGCUUGGCGAAAGUAGAGAUCUAGUGGAGGCUGUAUUAGGGUUUUGGAGUGGGUGCAGUAAUGUUUUCUACUUUCUGUGGGGCCCUAUGACACCAACAUUGCUUGAUGUAUGUGUCAUUACUGGUCUGCCUGCUGUUGCAGAUGUGGCCGUGGAUGGCAAUGUGACUGAUGAUGAUGCAGCUGCAGCAACGGUAUGUGUUUCCUGGGAAAUCGUUUCAAAUGACUGUGGAUUGGUAUCAUGUUGCUGGCAUAAUCCUGGUGCUCCCUUCUGUGGACCUAUAUGGUUGUUGCAUUUUUGGUUGUAUAUGUAUUUUCCUAGCUUAAAACUAGAAGGUAUCUAUCCUGUGGAGAGUGACGAGCCGUUGUGGCUUGGUGUGCAUCAAUAUAAUGCACCAAACUAUGAUACCACACAAGUCUUCAAGACUGUCUUUGAAUCGAACCCUAGCAUUGAGGCAAGUGUACAACAACUCAGCCAUGACUGGUGGCAUAAAAGCUUUGGGGAAGUUUGCCAUGCUGAAGCAGAGAGCGGAAAGUGGGUUAACCAUGGAAAAUUCAGCCUGGCAUCUAUAUGGAGCCAUCUGCUAUCAGCAAGGGACCUGUUUUAUGGCUGUAAGAGUGCACAAUCCCAGAAUGUAGUAGCAGACAUGCAAGCCGAAUACUAUCCGGCCAAUAAUGUAGCUCGGCAAUUUGGUUUUGCUCAAAGCGUGCCGCACUUUGAUGUAUCUUGCUGGAACACAGGGAGGCUUGGUAGAGAAAGACUCGCAAUGUCUCAGUACACCACGCAUCGGGAGUUGAUGGAUCUGAGAGGUAGGUCAGUAGCAACAAUUCCAUUCAGUUUCUGUUUCAAUGCAACACCUGGAUUUGCAGACUGGUGGUAUGAACUGUCAAUUGAUAUGUACGGUUCUGGAUACGAGGCAAUCAAAACCUCCUUUGGCAUUAGUAAGUUUGCAAAGUACAAGUCAAUUGGUGGUGUUGCAGAAACAGAGAAGAAAGGGAAAAGAAAAAGUGGUGCCGCGGCAAAGACUGGUGGUCAAUCAAGCAAGAAGAGCACUGCAACCGCCGCUGUCAGGGCAAAAACAAGUACUGGGAAGGAUGUGCCAACCUCCACCCCUCGAUCCAAGAGGCUGAUUGGGAGGAAACGGUCUGCUAGUGAAGUCAGUAAUAAGGAGAAUCCCGUAUCUGUGUCUGAGAGUGAAGAGGAAGAAGCAGAGAGCCUAGGCAGUGAGAAAGGUUCUGCUGCAGUAGCUGAAGAUCAAGCUGCGCAGAAAAUAGUACUUGAGACUGGCGGCGCUAGAAGCAAAAAGGUAAUGAAAACGGCCAGUUUGAGCGCUCCAACCGCUUCUGGGAAGAAAGCUCCUCCAUCAUUAGAAUCACUCAAAGCUAGACUGGAGCGAACAAAAGCGGCAGCUUAUGUGAGAACAGAACAAACGUCCAGUGUCCCUGAAAUGCCUCUGGUAGUUGCUUUGCAACAAAUCACAGAGAUGUUUCCACUAUCUGUCGAAGAAGUAUACAGCGAAAGGUACGAUCAGUUGAGCCGAUUGCUGGCCAUUAUCCAGAAUUCCAUCACCGAAGGGAAUAUGGCUGCAGCAAUACGUUUAGAGAAGAAUAAAUUGCUAUCUGAGCAACUGAUUGAACAGGUAGGGCAGCUGGAAACCAACAUCAAAGAGGCUAUUGUUGCCGAAUUAAAGGCAAAGGAAGAAUUGGAGAAAGCACAAGCCAAACCCAAACAACUGGAGGCGGAGCUAAGUGGUGUUGUUGCGGACACUGAUGUGGCACUUGAUGGAUAUGGGCGGAUGACCACCGUUGUGAACCAACUGCUUCCCACCCAAGUUCCAGGAUGCUGA